UAUUAUGUUGUUUUAAGUGACAACAUAUUUUGGCCGCAUUAAAUUCAAAUUAAUGUAAAUAGAUGCUGUUUUAGUUUACAUUUACGUUUUAUUAAUUAAAGAACACAAAUACACAUAUUUUUUUAUAGUUUUUGAGUAAAUUCACAACUGGCAACACCUGAAAGACAAUAGUUUUCACCAAAAACAAGAUUUUUAGAAACGAAUAAAAAUGAGUCCAUCAGUUCCCACUACAUUUGUUUACCCAUUCAAGAGGCCUUGGCUGAAAGAUUCCAGUGCUGCCGCGCCUGCUGGCUCUGGAAAUAUAGGCCUGAAAGGAAUAGUAGCAGGUGGUAUUACUGGUGGAAUAGAAAUAUGUAUAACUUUCCCCACAGAAUACGUAAAGACACAACUCCAGUUAGAUGAAAAAGGAGAGAGGAAAAAAUAUAAUGGAAUAGUUGAUUGUGUUAAGAAAACUGUCAAGGGUCAUGGGUUUUUUGGACUCUACCGAGGACUUAGUGUUUUAUUAUAUGGAUCCAUACCAAAAAGUGCAGUUAGGUUUGGUGCCUUUGAAUCAUUUAAAAAACGGAUGCAAAAAAGUGAUGGUACUCUGACAGUACCCGGAAGGUUAUUAUGUGGAUUAGGUGCUGGUAUGUGUGAAGCAGUAUUGGCGGUAACUCCAAUGGAAACUGUCAAAGUGAAAUUUAUUAAUGAUCAAAGGUCUCAAACGCCUAGGUUUAAGGGUUUCUUCCAUGGAGUAGGCAUGAUUGUAAAAGAAGAAGGUAUUGGUGGUGUAUAUAAAGGAGUAACGGCGACGAUAAUUAAACAAGGAUCCAAUCAAGCGAUACGAUUUUUUGUAAUGGAAACUUUGAAGGAUUUAUAUAAAGGAGGUGACCGUGACAAGAAGAUUCCAAAACUUGUUGUAGGUGCAAUGGGUGGUUUUGCAGGUGCUUGUUCGGUGUACGGGAAUAACCCCAUCGAUGUCGUAAAAACCAGAAUGCAAAGUUUAGAGGCUAAAAAGUACAAAAAUACAUUAGACUGUGCCAUGCAGAUUCUUAAAAAUGAGGGAGUAACGGCGUUCUACAAGGGUACCGUUCCCAGAUUGGGAAGAGUAUGUCUUGAUGUUGCUAUUACUUUUAUGAUCUAUGACAGCAUUAUGGACUUAUUUAACAAAUAUUGGUAAAAAAGGUGGACAUGUAUUUUUAUUGACGUGUUAAGUAAAAUUUCACAAUAUUUAUGUUAACUUUAUAUUUCUAUAAUAAUUUUUAAACAUUUAAACAAUAUUUACUUGACCCAGAUCAAGUUUUAACAAAUGUAUAUGUACAUUGCGAAAAAUUUUUGGUUUUGAUAAAAAAUAUACGAGAACAACAAAGUUGCGACACUUAUUUUGUUUAUUUCAUUUGAGUUAAGUCAAUUCUUUAGAAUAUUAUACAAGUUAUUGAUCCCUUUUAAUAGUUAGUGUCAUAUAUUCUUAAAAUGUUUAUUAUUCAUGUGCCUUUUAUUAUUUGUUAUUGCUAUGGAUAAAACAGUUCUUUUCUCAGUUUAUUCCUCACUUCCAACUCUGCCAAUUCUUCUAGGAACCUCCCUAUAUGCAAUCCAAAAUUGGUUUGUACUAUUAAUUCAAGAAAUAAAAGAGUUAUUAUUCAUAAUUUUGACGUUUUUCUAAAUACUUUCAUUUUCUAUUCUUUCAUGCCCACUAAAUCAAUCUUAAAUUUUAUUUUCUAUAUUACUUUCUCUUCAUAAUGUGUUGUCUUUUGUUAUUUUCAAUGUUGUUUGUUUUAAAUUUACAAAAAAUAAUUAUUGAUAAUUCCAUUCUAUUCACGAGUAGUUCUUAUGAUUUCUCAUCGCAGAAUAAUUAUUAACUCAGUUAUGUAAGAAGAUUUUGACUGAAUCGUUUGUCAUGACCCGUUCAAUUUCUCUUGAUACUCUCGUAUAUAUCACAAAUAUUUUUUUCGCAACCAGUAUUGGAAUCAACUACUGAACUUAUCCUAAUACUUUUUAUUUUUAAUUAUAAUAUUUAAAGGUCAUAAUUCAUCUGUUUGAUGCCGUUUGAUAUCUUUAACGUUUUAUAAAUCAUUAAACAGU